AUGGCUCGUGCCGCUGGGAAGCGAGGCACGAAGCCUGCAGCGAGCUCAUCCAAUGCUCCAAAGUCCCUGACCAGUACUCAAUCCGGACCCCCCUCACCAUUUCAAUAUGCUCCGGCGACGCUACGCCCGUUCCUUUCCACGCUCCCUACGGAUCACAUCUACCUCGUCCACCUCGACCAUACCCCACCGAGCUUGAAGAAGCGAGUCUUCGUUGUACCUGUCCUCCUAAACCUACUCAUCGUCCUUGGGCUCUGCGUUCGGGUAUAUUAUGCCGCGCCAGUGUACCUCGAGCAAAUCAUCACAAUUUUCGGAUAUGACACGGCAUACAAAGUCGAUACGGCGGCUGCCAGCGUCGGAGAACUCGUGAACGCUGUGGCCUCCCGGACAAUGCUGUUGAUGAUCGAUUUUGCCAUCUUCGGCUUGAUUGGUAGUUGGCCGAGGGGGUUCGUUUUGGGGAGCAAGUUGUCGAGAUUCGCGAGUCCACUGCAGUGGAGAAGAAGACUGGGAUUCCGAGACACAGAGAUUAUUGUCCGAAGAGGGAGAAAGUGGGAUACGCCGUUGCUCGUUGGAGAGAACCCGGAUCAGGUCAAGACAUGGAAGGUAGACGAGGAACUCACCAUCAAGAUCAAGGUCGAUCCAGCCAUGCGGCCGGCGUACCUAGCAAAGACAGGAUAUCUGCUACUAGACAAGGACUGGGAUCUCGACUUCAAGGCGAUGCUAGAUGCGCACAGAUUGGUUGAGAAAGGUACCAUUCAGCUCAAGGACGUGGAAAGUCUGGUUCUGGUCUAUUACCAGAAGCAAUGGCUGGUCUGGAAAGUUCACGAAACACCCGAUUCUACAGCGCAAGAUGUACAGGAGGACAGCACCGUAGAGAAUUUCCGACGCAACCUUGCCGGCCUUGGCGCUGAAGAUGUCUUUUUCCGAUGGAUCGAAAUUGUGCAAUUCGAGACCUCGCAGCCGGGUGGCUUCACCGAAGGACGACAGGCCGAAGCGAUCAGAGAGUUGAGGAGGCGGCUCGAGAAGAAGGGCGUGGACUUUGCCAGGUUCUGGGAAGACAUCGGCGGACAACAUGGCCUUCCUGGAUUUGAUGUACCGAAUCGCACUUGA